AUGAAUAAACUGGGAACUGUGUUUUCCAGUGGUGUCCUUAUCAAUAAAAUAUGGAAACGUUUUAUAAACCUUCAAGAAUAUCAGUGCAAAAAGUUGAUGUCAGAUCAUGGGAUUAACGUGCAAAGGUUCGUGCUUGUCAGAAACCCUAGUGAAGUUGAUACGGCAAAAAACAACUUCAGAGUCAAAGAGUAUGUUAUAAAAGCCCAAAUACCGGCAGGUGGUAGAGGAAUGGGUGUUUUUCGUGAUGGGUUUAAGGGUGGCGUCCAUCUUACACAGGAUCCAAAUGAGAUGGCGCUCAUAGUGUCGAAGAUGCUUGGAAACCACCUUGUCACUAAGCAAACGACAUCUUCGGGUAUCCUUGUCAGUCAAGUCAUGGUAGCAGAGGCGCUUGAUAUUCACCGCGAAACAUAUUUUGCUAUUUUAAUGGAUCGAACAUCUAACUCCCCAAUCAUGGUAGCAUGUAGCCAAGGUGGGAUGGAUAUUGAAGAAUUAGCUAAACGUUGUCCAUCUGAGAUUAUCAAAGAACCUAUUGAUAUAACUGUCGGAGUAACUGAGGACCAAGCAUCAAGAUUCGCCACGGCUCUGGGGUUCAAUCCACAUACUCAAUUGUAUGAACAAACCUGCAAACAAAUUCAAAAACUCUACAAGAUGUUCACAGCUUUAGAUUGUGUUCAGGUUGAAGUUAAUCCUUUUGGUGAGACAAAGGAUGGUCAGAUUGUAUGUUUUGAUGCUAAAUUAGCUUUCGACCAGAAUGCAAUAUACCGUCAACCAGAAGUUCAUAAAAUGGCCUUGGAAGUUGAAGCUGUUGAAGUGGCUGCUUCUGGUCCGAAGAGUGCAGCAGCCUUAGAAGCUGAUGCUACACACAAUGGUCUAAACUAUAUUGGUUUAGACGAUGGGAAUAUUGGUUGUAUUGUAAAUGGAGCUGGAUUGGCUAUGGCUACUAUGGAUUUGAUUCAUUAUCAUCAUGGUAAACCUGCUAAUUUUCUUGAUCUGGGGGGAAGUGUCACCAUGUCUCAAGUUGAAAAAGCAUUCCACAUACUUGCCAGAGACUCUCGAAUUGAUUGCAUUCUGGUGAAUAUAUUUGGUGGGAUCGUUAACUGCAAAAUAAUUGCUGAAGGUCUUAUAUCAGCUCUAAAGAAUGGUAUCGUUAAUAUACCGGUUGUUGUUAGGCUUCAGGGUAACAAUGCUGUCGAAGCUCAAUCCCUUAUUUCUAACAGCGGUUUGGAGUUGAUUGCCGUCAAUAGCUUGGAAGAAGCGGCGUCAAUUGCAGUUUGGAAAGCAGCGUGUAUACGUGAACUUCUCUUCAAACGGUCUUUUAAUUUUAAAGAAAGCAUGUCAGAAACUCUUUUAAAGAAGGUUUUGGAUGGAAUUUUUGUGCCACUCGCCAAACUGUCUAAAUCAACUGCCUGUGACGUUGUACAAAAGUUUUUGGUUCGUAUGUUGGAAAUAGUUUUGAAUAAUAAUUCUGAUUUGGUUGGGCGUUUCGAUGUCCUUACUUCAUUGAAUUCCAUGCUUUCGGGUAUUCCCAGUACUAAAAGGAACUGCCUUUGGAACGAUCGUAGUCUAAGAUCAGCUAUCUCCAAUUUCGGAGCUGGUUUGCGCGAUUUAGGUGAUUUCGAUCUCCAGGCCCAUUCUUCUGCCCUGCUGCUCAGACUCGUUCCUCGAGAAAUCCAGAGACAAUUUGCAUCAACUUAUAUCAUUCGAGAGUUUCCGACGAUUGCACAAGAGUUCUCAAAUAUCGGAGGCGUAAAUUUUGAAUUCGAAGUUCGGUCGUUCCUAAACACAAUCAAUGGUGUAAAAAAUGUUGAUCCAAAAAUCAUCUCUUUGCCGUGUGAGGCUUUGAAGCUUUGUGAUUUAUAUCUGAGGUAUCCUGAAACCCCUAACGUCAAAGGGGAUGUCUUUUGGUUAGACUUUAAUUUGGGUACCAACCGAAUCACAUCAUAUUGUUUGGCACCUCUUAAUCAAGCCUCACAAAUCUCGGACUGCACAUCUCAAAGUUCGUAUACAUGGGAGAUCUUAACAAUCUAUCCAGAACUACUUGAUUGUUUGGAUAUUAAGCUUGAAACAGGCGUUAUUGUUGUACGUUUCACCAUGACUGAGCCGAUCAAAGAUGUAUGUGAGUGGGCGAAAUCAGUUUCUGGAUAUGUCAUUGAAGCAAGAAUCAUAGUGAGUGCUCUGAGUAAGAAUUUCUUCCAGCUAAAGUUUACAUCAUCAACUGUUGUUGACGACAGUGAGGAAGCCAAUUUAGUUUCUAUUUUGAAGCGUUUACAAUCUUUACAUCAGUAUUUUGAUUUUGAAACUUUCGAGACAACCACUCAUUUGAAAUCUCAACCACUUGUUAGCAAUAACUAUUUUGGUUCAAUUGCUACCUCACCAGUAAAUGUUGAUUCCACUAAACGAGAAAGUUUUACUCAAAGUAAACCGUUGCCGAAGCUGAUGGAGAUGUGUACACCUAAGCUGCUGAACAAAUCAAGUACAUCAUACCAGUCAUCUAUUGCGUGUUCUCCUAUUGUAUACAAUAGUAAAUUUUACUCCGUGGUUACGAAUGAUGAAGAUUCACAGGUCCAUUUAAAUAAUAAAAAAGACGAAGCACUACCAGGAGAUGGUGUUUCUUGUGAUCCUACAGAAGUAAUUGUCUCACCGGUCACUUCGGUGCACAAAUCUGACAGUUCAACUGAAAAGUUUGAGACAACUGUACCUUAUUCCCGAAAUCUUUCGGAUGAGGAAGUUCACGAAAAAUCACUUCAUGCUAACUUUACUGUUAAUAAUAAGGCAUUAGAUGUUGAUCUGGAUAAAUCUACACCAGAAAUACCUCGUAAAGUACUUAUGGAUACUUCACCAGUAAUUUGUUUAAACAUGUUAGAACCUCAAAUCAAAGUCGAUCUUAAUGAGUUUGAUGUAAAAACACCUGAGAAUAUCAGAUUAAAUUAUGUUGAAGCUAAUGUUAGCACAAAUGUUUUCGAAGAAUUUGUAGACAACUUGUCAUCAGUGUCAUCUUUUAAAGUUAUUUACAAAUUAACAGAACUUGACACGAGUGUGAAACAGCUUGCUAAGAUUACUAAUGAACCACAAGUUCUUACAGAAAACUUUGAUUCCAAUAUUUUGAAAAUUCCUAACUUAGCUAAAUCACCUAAAUCUAAUUCUGAUCCAAUAUUAGUAAUUUCUGGAAAACAAAAUGACUCAAACUUACGCACUCGCGAACCUGAAGUCCAAGAACCUGAUACCUCUCUAUCACUAUCAUCAUUGGUGGGAGAUGACUCUCCAAUUCAUAAUGUUCUUCCUACUUCUUCCUGUUUAAAACUUGUUACUUCUAAACCCAAAUGCAAAAGUUCACUGUUGACUGGUAGAAGCUUCUGCGCAUCUGCAAACCAGUCUUUAUCAAUUUCGACGAAAAAGCUUUGUAAUAUAUCAGCUUCUUAUCUUCUGGAUAUUUCACCUGAAGGAGUUCGUUGUCCACUUACUCCUGAAGAAUAUACAGUUAUAUCAUUACCCAAACUAUCUACACAAGUUACAUUGAAGGGAAAAACACGAAGAGGUUCUAAACAAUUAACUACUAAGCGCAAGAUCGAUAAUCAAAUAAAAGACCAAAUAUUACAUGAAGUUGAUAAAUCUUCAUCAUCGCCUAAAACUAUAUUCACAUCAUCCUUGGAAUCAAAUGAUUCUUCAGAUGUAGAUUAUCAACCACUUCGCGUUCGACUUGAUUCUUUUAAUUCAAGUGAAAGAAGAAGAAGUGCACGACUGUUAAAUAAAAGUCAAAAUAAUUUAGAAACUGUUACUAAAUUGGAUAUGAAUUCAUCACAAUUAAAAAAUGAUAUCUUAUCUUCAAAUCUUUUACAAACAUCAUUAUCAUCUAUCUCUCAUACAUUGACAGAAACACCUAUAAAUAUUCAUAAAAUAAUAAAACCAGUGUCUACAUUUAAAAAGAAAAAAUUCUUUGCUACUACUCGUUCAGAAAGAUUUGAAAAAGAAAAACAACGAUUUCAAAAAGCAUGUGAAAUUUCUAAUGUGAAUAAAAAAACACUGAAAUCAAAGAAAAAUUAUGUAAAAAAUGAAAAUCAGAAAAAAUUGAAAGUAGCAGACAAUAAUGAUCAAAGAAAUCAACGAUCAAAGAAGUCUACAUCUAAUCAUUUUCCAACUAUGAAAGAGGCAGCUCAAACAGCGAUUUUACCUCAUUCAAUGCCAGUUGAUAGUGAUCAGGACUUCAAUGUGGAGAUUGUGGAUCCUGAUGAUGAAAGAGUCGACUCAAACGAUGAUGAUAUUAUAUCUCGUUCAUGGAAACCAGCUAAAUUGUCUGGUAAACUUAGACGAUUAUGUACGAAAACAUGUGAUAAAAAGUCUUCGCUGGUUUUGCUCAGUCCACAUUUUGAAUUCGAGAAAAAUGGUUCAAAUAACUAUUCACCUCAACUCAGCGAUACUUCGAGUGCUGCAAGCUUGUUUGCAAUGACUCCUCCAAAACAUUUUCCAAACCAUUUUGAAACGGGAAAACGAACUAAAGUUAUUCCUCUUUCUAUACUCACAUCAAUCAGUCAGGCCAAUAAAGAGAACUUCAGAUCAACUAGUGAAAAAUAUAUUCUAGAAGAAAAUUCAGGAGAUAAGAAUUUGUCAGUUUUCAACAUCAUUGAAUUAGAAUCAGACAAGCCAAAUGCUCUAAACGAUGAAUGGAAUGGAACUACAGAACAGUUUAAUCGAAAUUCAUUCGACCGAUCUCCUCUACCUGUCAAUUUGCAUAAUAAAAGCUCGAAAGAAUUGGAAGUUUGUUCACCUAUGAAUUUUGAAACCUUUUUACAACAUGUAACAUUAAUCUCUACAAAAGUUGAAGAAAAUAUACUAGCCCAUCAAGAACUUGAACAAAGAUGGAUUUCACUUCAAAAAGAACUUUCAGAUUUAAAAUUAAAUAUUCAAGUAACAGUCAAUAAGGAUACAUAG